GGUCCCCUGUGGGAACUGGGGAGGAAGCGCAGAGGCUGGUAGGAGGCAACGGAGCUGGGUGGCUUCCUCCGGGCUGCUGAGGGAGGGUUUGCCGGAGCUGAAGGUACAUGGUUCUUCUCUCCCUCCUCCUCUAAUUCCCGCAACAACCCUGAGAGGUUCUGUGGGGACUGUUUGGUGUUAUGAUGAAGGAUUCCUUGACACUUUUGUCUCGCAUCCCAGCACACCCAGAUUCCCGAUGCUGGUUUCUCGCUUGGAACCCUACAGGGAGUCUCUUAGCUUCCUGUGGUGGGGACCGUAGCAUUCGAAUAUGGGGGAAAGAAGGUGAUACCUGGGUGUGCAAGUCUGUUCUGGGUGAGGGACACCAGAGAACUAUCCGCAAGGUGGCCUGGUCUCCCUGUGGGAACUACCUGGCUUCAGCCAGUUUUGAUGCUACCACCUGCAUUUGGAAGAAGAACCAUGAGGAUUUUGAGUGCGCAGCCACUCUGGAGGGCCAUGAGAAUGAGGUGAAGUCAGUGUCAUGGGCACCAUCUGGCAGCCUUCUGGCCACUUGCAGCCGAGACAAAACUGUCUGGGUUUGGGAAGUGGACGAAGAGGAUGAAUACGAGUGCAUGAGUGUCUUGAAUUCCCACACACAGGAUGUCAAGCAUGUUGUCUGGCAUCCCAACCAAGAGCUAUUGGCAUCAGCAAGUUAUGAUGACACUGUGAAAUUGUACCGGGAGGAAGAGGACGACUGGGUGUGUUUUACCACCCUAGAAGGGCAUGAGUCUACCGUGUGGAGCCUGGCCUUUGACCACAGUGGGGAGCGUCUCGUCUCCUGCAGUGAUGACAAGACAGUGCGCAUUUGGCGCCAGUAUAAGCCGGGCAAUGAGCAAGGUGUGGUCUGCAAUGGGACAGAUCCUACCUGGAAAUGCAUCUGCACCCUUUCUGGCUUCCACACAAGAACCAUCUACGACGUGGCAUGGUGCCAGCUAACGGGAGCUUUAGCCACGGCUUGUGGAGAUGAUGCCAUCAGAGUAUUUGAGGAGGAGCUGCUCUCAGACCCCCAUCAGCCCACUUUCACCCUUACUGCCCAUAUGGCCCGGGCUCACUCCCAGGACGUGAACUGUGUGGCCUGGAACCCUAAGGAGCCUGGGCUGCUGGCUUCAUGCAGCGACGAUGGAGAGAUGGCAUUUUGGAAAUACCAGCGCCCCGAGGUCUGCUGAGUGUCCAAAUUUCCCAGCAUCCUCUGACAAUAACACAAUUCUAGUAGUGUAAGAGUGGCACACAUGUGGGCAGCAAGCUGGACUGCACCCCCUCUGUAAAGGCAAUUAAAAAGGUGACAUCAUUUAACCUUGUUAUGAAGUACCUCCCCCUUUCCACAAGAGCUGCUAUGCCAGAGCUAUUACCUAGUGGGGCAGGGGGGGGGGGGUCAGCUGAGUCUUCUGCAGAGAUUCAUGUUGUUGACCAAGCAGGGUCUUGUCUUGCAGCUGGGUAGAAAAUCCCGAAACUACAUAGGCUGGGUUUUCUUAGCUUCAUCACUCCUUUUUAAAACAAAGCCAGGGUUGCCUGCAGAAAGACUGUCCUGCUGAUUAGGCAUUUCUUACCAGUUGGGAAGCAACAGGCUUUGUAACUGCUGGGUUUAUGCUAAAAUAUGGUUGUAUAAGAUGUAGGUUUGGGUUGGGAGGUGGUGUUGCAGAGGGAGAAGAGUAGUUCUGAGCAAAUGAGCUUGUGACAUAUGUAAAAUUUAUUUUGACCAUGUGCUAUUGUAUGUCUGCUGCUAUCUCUAAAUGGGUUUUUAUGUUAAAAAUGCAACUAAGACUCUG